AUGAAGUUCAGCUCCAUUCUCACCGUCCUCACCAUCGCACUCACCACCUCCGCCACGAAAGAAAAGAAGAAACCCACCUACGACUUGCCACCCUUGACCUCGCCACCCACCAGCGAGUACCAGAUCAUAUGCGUCGGCGCGUGUGGCCGAUGGACUGUAUCGCAGGCCAUAUCCAAGGACGUAGGCGAAAAAUUUGCCUAUGAGAAACCCGUGUGCGAGCGUUGCCUACCCGAGAUAGUCGGUACACCAUGGUACGAGUGCGCCGAAGCUCUGGCUGCGAGCAUAGCCGACUUGAAGUAUCGCUGCCCGCAUGUCUGGAAAAAGACUAAUGGGCAUUUUGUUGUCGAUUUUAGAAAGAUCAGGAAACCAUCCAGUUUGGUAUGGGGAGUGGAGAGUGGGGAGUAA